GCCGCUAUUGAUCGUGUGAAAUUAUUAGUAAUAUAUUGCUGAAGUGGCUGGUCCGGUCGUCAUGCCGUGAACGGUAUCGCUAGUUAUACGUUUGCUUUACAAAUUACUUCUGUGCUGUGCAGUAUAUCCCUGUUGAAAUCAGGUGAUAAAAUUUAUGGUCAAAAAGUAAAAACAAAUUGCUGUGUCGUAUCGCAACAAGUGCAGCGACCAGGUGGCAAUGAACACCGGAGUUUGGGGGAGAGUAGCAAAAUUUAGUUCGACUAGUUCAAGCAGUGAACUUGCAUGGAAAAUAACCCAGAAAUUGAUGGCAAGCGACAGUGUGGAGAUGCGAGAGAUGGCUGCUCGUAUUUGUCGUGAUUAUCUUCAUGGCUCAUGGAGAAAAAUUACAACCAGGGAUAUUGUCCUCAAGCGCAUUAGUGGUGGCCUGAGCAACUGGUUGUAUCACGUCUCUCUACCUGAGACGCGCCCUCCAAAAUCGUCAGAACCAUCUCAGGUUCUGCUGCGACUCUAUGGGCAGGUCCAUGGUGCAGAGAGAGCUCUUGAAGGCCUGAUCACAGAAUCUGUUAUUUUCACUCUUCUGUCAGAAAGGCGGCUUGGCCCUAAACUGCAUGGAGUUUUCCCUGGUGGACGUAUUGAGGAAUAUAUUCCAGCUCGUCCACUGAAGACCAAGGAACUUGGUGGUCCUCAGCUCAGUGUCUUGAUUGCAGAGAAAAUGGCUAACAUCCAUAAGAUGAAUGUCCCUAUCAAUAAAGAACCACGAUGGUUAUGGGACACUAUUAGUGGAUGGGUGAAGAAUGUUCAGGCAAAUUUGGAGGACCCAGGGUUAGUGGAGUCUGAAAAUGUAAUCAUGUUGCAGAAACUCAAAAUGUACAAUUUGGCUGCAGAGGCAGAAUGGCUCAGGAAGUAUCUUGGGAAGAUCUCAUCACCAGUAGUGUUCUGUCAUAAUGAUAUGCAAGAAGGCAAUAUCUUGCUCUGCACUGAUAACAUGACUGAUGAUGAAGCUCUGAUGAAUCCUCGACUGGUGCUAAUUGAUUUUGAGUACUGUUCCUACAACUACAGAGGAUUUGACCUUGCCAAUCACUUUCUAGAGUGGAUGUAUGACUACACUAAAAGCACACACCCCUACUUCACUGUCAACAAGAACAACUAUCCAAGGCGGGAGCAACAGCUUCUGUUCGUGCGAACCUACCUCCAUAAUGCAGGCUGUCAGGGUGAGCGGGCAACGGAGAGGGAUGAGGAGGCACUGCUCUGUGAAGUACAAGCAUUCAGCCUUGCCUCUCAUUUGUUCUGGGGUCUGUGGAGUGCUGUGAAUGCAAAGCUCUCACAAAUUCCUUUUGGUUAUUGGGAAUAUGCAAUUGAACGACUUGAGUCAUAUUUCCAGCUUAAGAAUAAAAUUCUGAACACCACUGUUAUCUCGAAUGGCACAGAAAUAGGAGUGAAGAGGAAGAUUCAAGAGUUGGACAGUUGAAUAAAUCCUCCUCUAAUUCUGAUGCAGUGAAAUUGGUGACACUUUUAUAAUUUAAUGAAAAGACUGUGAUAUGAUGACCCAGGCAUUGCUUGAAGCGAUGAGGUGGGGUAUAGGAAGACGUAUUUUUAUGAUUAACAAUCCUCUCGGCUAUAAGAACGAUGUGAACAGCUCUUAUAACAUUAUGAACCCCAACAUUUAGCUAAAGAACUUACAUACAAAAGUUUUGUUAACAUGUACUUAACUUUUGUUUUGUGAUAUAGCAUGUGAAACUUUCUUCCCACGUAUCUUCCAUUGAUCUCCACAUUUUAAUUAUAUUGGUACUUAGUGAAAAUAAAUUGUUUGCUUGGUCAUUUAAUACAUAGUUUUUUUUGUGACAAAUACAGGUAUAUUUAGGAACUGUUUUCAUUCCAUAAUCACUGCAUCAUACAUUGUUUAUCUGCCAUAAUUUACAGCCGUGAGAUUACUGUGUGCACAUUUGUAAUUCUUUUACAAAAUUGUAAUCUCAGAUAUGAAGUGCAAUAGAAGUCCAGUGUAACUAGUAUGGACUGUAAUGAACAUUUUUUAAAUGGUCACUUUUCAUGCACCAUCUAUUUAAAUUAUGUUAAGUGUAGUAAUAGUCUGUGGUUUUAGUGACAGUAAUUUUUCAGAAUUUCCACUGUAAUAAAUUAUUUACUCUCAUUUUCUGGAUUCACAUAUAUACAGUUGAAUCCCCAUUUAAUGUUCAUAAUUUUAAGGUCUUCCCUCAUUAAUAUGGAUUGCAGCACUUUGAAGUCAAUAAUCUGAAUGUAAAAUAUCCUCCAUUUAAAGAUUUUCCUCAGUUUAGCAUUCAGAUCCACCGGUUCCCGAUGAAACCUUAAAUGGGGGUUUCACUGUAUAUGUUUGCAAAGUGGCUCUCUGUUCUAAGUCAAAUGAGCACUUUCGGCAACAGAAAAUUCUUGUGUCUUUGACUCAGUGGUCCUAAUUACUUACUUGUUUCCAGGCACCUGAGAAGAGGAUAUGCAGAGAAUGUUUAUUCACUGUAUUGUGAAUUAUUGAUAUAAUAAGCUUCCAUUGCAUUUUAAACAUGUUUUAUAAUUUGUGUAAAUAGUACUGUAUAUAUUAUUUAAAAUCCGUUUCAUUGUACUAAGACGUACCAUUUAAGUUAGAACUUCUGGCAAAUUCUCAUCUUUUAAAGAUUUUGCCCUAUACAUAUAUGUUAUGUUGUCAUGACAGGUUUUGCAGCAGUGGUUCCAAAUUUUUUUUUGCUGCAGAUGAUACUUUGUAACCCUGCUGUUUUGGAUCAUGUUGCAUCCUGAAAUGUGGAACCACUGAUUCGGUCAUUGGGCUUGGUUUAUUUGUCAGUUUCAAUGACAUUGCUGACAUCACUGUUUAUAAGCAUAGUUGAACUACAUAGACAUUAGACUACAUCUGACUGGCCCAAAACAUUUUCUGGAAUAACUGUUGUUCAAGGGAAAAGACACAGAUAUAAACUCCAUAAAAUUUAUGAUUUGUGAAACAGAUUUUGGGGACAUUAUCAUGUUAUAUGCAUAUAUUGCAUUCAUUAAAUAGUAAGAAAUGUGUUCAAGGGAAUUGGCUUAAUUCUGCUUGUGUUUAAUGUAGACUGUCAAAGAAAUGAAAUGCAUAAGCAACAGAAAAAAGACUGUGAAAUCUGAACACCAAUGUUGCCAGAAGUUUUAUGCACUUGUAAAUAAAAGUGUCACAUUCUGGAUGGGGAAGCAGUGUUGCACAUUAAGAGAGAGACUCCCUCAAGAGAGAUGAAUUUUUGAGUGAGCUGUUACUGGAGAUGAAAGACUAAUGUUCCAGUAAUAAGGAGAUAUGUUUAUUUUUUUAUUUUGUACCAUAGCUUGCAGAGUGGAUUUUACUGAAAUGCACUAAUAAAAGCAGGCAACAACUGUAAUGAAUAUAGUACUUAACACAAAGCAAAUUUGACUUGCAAAAUAAUUCAGCUAGAUUUGCAAUUAAGAUUAAUAUUAGCAAGUCACAGUAUGUCAUUCUCUAAUUGAAAUUAAUUUUUUUAUGCAUUUCCUGGAGCUUCGGUAUGAAUGGUAGUAUUCCUUGUAUUGAACUGAAGCAUUCUGCAGUCAUAAUAAAGUGCAUAUGAAAGAGCUAUAAAUCCAGCAACUUACUGAAGCAAAGUUCAAGUACUUAUGUGCUCUAUUGUUAUGUUCCAAGUGGCACUAUGGAACUGAAGCUGGCUACUCAGUGACAGGAAUGAGUGACAGUUCCCUACUUAACGAAGUUUCAGAUGAUGCACAUUUUGCAGGCACAUACUUUUAACUAAGCAUUAAGGAUAGUAAUAAUUCACUUUCUCAAAGUGCAUUGUAUAUAAUUACAUAUCAUUUCCAAGUGAAGUAACAGUAUGACAUAUUUUAGGAGCAUGCUUUCAAAACUGAACAUGUUUUUUGAGUUUCUUUCUAUGAAACCUGUGUAUUACAUGAUCAGUUCUGAUCUAACAGUAAGAUGUGUUUCAUUAUGUAGUAUCUCUUAGCAGAAGGGGUAACACAUUGAAUUUAAUUUAAUUUUGUCUUUUAGUUUCAAACUAAGUGUCUUGUCAGAGAUCCUCCUUAACACUGAAUACUGAUUUUUUGGGCCAAGGGCUUUUUGAAGUGUUGUGUGGCCAUAAUCUUUCAAAACAUCAGAGUUCAUCUGUCUAUUUGAAAUUUUGAAAGCUUUAUAAUAUUCAUAUACUUGGCUUGCCGUAUUAUUUUCAUAGUGAAAAUGUUUUCUUAAGAUAUAUAAUUUCACUACUGAAUUGUGCUAGUUUUGUGAAAUCCUUAAAACUUGAGGAAAAUUGUUUUCAUUUAAUUCCUCUUUGAGAUGAGUAUCAGUGAGAUGCUUGCCUUCAGCUGUCACAAUUUACAUGAACUCUGCAGAAAUUUGAUACAUUGUUUGCAUGACAUUUGUUACAGUUAUCAGACUUAAUAAGGCAUUGAAAAAGAAAAUACCAGAUGUAGACGAAGUUUAAAGUUUGGAUGGGGUUUGAUGUUUGGUAGAAUAGCUUUUAAGAAUCAUUCUGCAUCUGUUCUCUGUCCACUUUCUCUGUUCAUGGUAGAAUAGCUUUGUAGAAUCCUUUGCAUUCCCUUCUCUGUCUUCUUUUUAGUUAAUGUGAAAUUCAUGUCAUUCUGAUCAAAAGUGGGUAUGUUCAAAAUUUGAAAGUAGGCUCCUCAUGUAUGUAUUGAUUAUGUUGUUUUUAAUAUUUUGGCACUAUGUGCUAUGUACUGUAAACUUCAAAGACUGAUUAUCACUAUCACCAUUAUUGUAUACUUGGUCUGUUGUACUGUAAGCGUUUGGUGUACAUAUUGUAGUUUGCAUUGGUUUUAUUUAAUCAUAUUUUGAUUUUGUUUAAGUACUUAAAUUUGAUUGCAAUUCAGAAACCAUGAAAGCAACCAGUGACACUGAUUUUCAUUAGUGAGAAUUCAGGCACAAUGGAUGUAUAUUACUUAAGUACAUAUUAAAAGUUAUAUGUUCUUUAUUA